AUGGGCGGCCAGCAAUCAGCGGAAGCUCAAGAACCGGCGAAGGACGGGCGUGUGGAGGAAGUGCCAAAAGCGGAAGAACCUCAGCAAGCACAGUCUCAACCUGCAGAGGAACCGCAGAAGGCUGAAUCCAAGAAGUCUGAAGCCGUGAAGGCGGAGGAGAAGCCUACGACCUCAGAAGGUAAGAAGGAUACAAAGGCUGCAGAGGGCAAAAAAGCAACAGCCUCUGCAAACUCUCCACCCGCAGGGCCUUUGCAGCCGGGAGCGCAGCCGAAGGGAAAGGCAGCGCCGAAGCCUGCGGCAAAGACAUCGGCCAAGGCAGGCGCUCCCAAGAAGAAGCCGCAACAACCUGGACCUCCCCAGCAGCCUGGCCUCAUCACACCAGAGGCCCAAGCCGCCGCCCCCAAGAAAGCCGCAAAGGGAGAGAAGGGCAAAGGCGGAGGCAAGAAGGGCCAGGGCACCUUCCCCGGAAUCCAGCUUUGUGUGCGCAACUUGGUGAAGGAUGCCACCACUGAGCAGCUUCAAAAUCUUUUCCAACCCUUUGGCGAACUCAUUGGAGUUGACGUGAAGAAGAACACCGACGGGACUUGCCGUGGUUAUGGAUUCGUCACCUACACCUCCAUUGCCGAUGCCAACAAAGCCAUCUCUGCCAUGAACAACAAGCAGGUUGAAGGAAAAAACUUGAUUGUUGUUCUGUCAGACCGCCAGCAGGGCACAACCAAAGCCGAGCGUGAGGCACAGGCGACCGGAGGAAAGGGUGCCAAGGGCAAGGAUGGAAAGGAAGGCAAGGGCGGAGACAAGGGCAAGGGCAAAUCGAAGCAGCCGGCAAACAUUGCCAACGCCUUGCCUGCUGCCAACCCGCCUUGGCCAUAUCAGGGCGAAGGGACGUAUCCGUAUGGCUAUGGUUAUCCAGUGGUCUCCCCAAUGGCCGCCUAUGCGAACCAAGGGUAUGCCCCGAACACUCAGCAGGCAGCUUUGCAAGCCAUGCAGGCACAAUUCAUCACCCAGGCCCAGCAAGCUUUGCAAAUGCAAGCCUUCCACAGUAGUCUCGGUGGACUGAACCCGGGCAUCAAUCCGAACAUGCCAGCGCCAGUCAGUAAUGUGGGUGCCAACAACAUGCAGCCCAAUGCUGCAGCUCCAGCGCCCGCUCCACCUCCGACGGCAAGUGCCGCAGCGCCUUCGGACGAAGCACAGGCCCUCAAACAAGAACAUGAAGGACAGCUCAAGUCAAUUAGUGCCAAGAAUGGAUAUGGCUUCAUCGCUUGCAAUGAGACGAAGGUGCACUACAAGCGCGAUGUGUUUGUGGACUCCUCUCUCCUCCCUGAGGGAAUCCAGGUGAAUGACAAGGUGAUUUUCUCGUUGACACUCAGCGAAAAAGGCCACCCACGUGCCACCUCGGUCAGACAAGUUGGACAGGUGGCUGCGCGCUGA